GACUACUACUGCUAUAUCGGCUACUACAACUAUCAAGACCACAAUUACCAAGCCUACAACUAUCAUGCCUACAACUACUGAACCUACAACUACUGAAUUUACAACUACUGUAUCUACAACUACUGAGCCUACAACUACUAUACCUGUUACUUCAAAAAUACAAAAAAAUUAG